AUGUCAAUUCUUGAUGAAGCAACCCGCCCUGUGCUCAACAUUGAUGAUAGUACAUUAUACCGUCAAAACUACUGGUCACAAACAGAAUCGUCGUCGUCACAAAGUUAUCACCCUGGAUAUUCUACUGUUCCUAGAGAAACCCAACCCAUGAUAAACAGCACUGAGUAUUUAUCUAGUGAACCGUUUAGUGCACCACCGUCAAAUAUGACAAAUGUUUCAGAAGAUUCCUCCAUUUUAGAUGUACCUAUAUGA